GCGUCAUUAUGCGGGACGUUUAAAAGCUCCGUGACUGUUUGUGUUGUUUUUGUUGUAAUAUGUUUUAUUGUCAUCAUCGUUAUGUGAGUUAGUCACGCGCUUUAACUUCAGCGUGAGACCCGGAUGAAGAAUGUCAACAAAGAGUCUCGCGAAGGAGCUGGGUCUGAUCCGGAGGCGCAGUCAGUCGUGCGGUGAUGCCGGGCGACAGCCGUCCGUCCGCAAGCAACACUUCACAUAUCUCAUCAUCAUUGAUUUUGAAUCCACGUGCUGGAGAAAGAAGACCAACUUCGGCCAAGAGAUCAUCGAGUUUCCAGCCGUCCUGCUGAACGCUCUGAACGGAGAAAUCGAGUCGGAGUUUCACAUGUACAUUCAGCCGCAGGAGCAUCCCGUGUUGUCUGAAUUCUGCACCGAGCUCACGGGCAUCACCCAGGAACAGGUGGAAUCCGCACCGCCCCUCCAGGUUUGUCUCUCCAGAUUCCUGCGCUGGUUACAAACCCUCCAGGAGGAAAGGGGAGUGGUCUUCGAGACUGACAGUAAAAGCCCCGCCCCCUCUGGACGUCCCUGUGCUUUUAUCACGUGGUCAGAUUGGGAUUUGGGUGUUUGUUUGCUGUAUGAGUGCAGAAGAAAGCAGUUGACUGUUCCUGAAGCUCUGAAGAGCUGGAUCGACCUUCGAGCCACAUACAGGCUCUUUUAUAACCGGAAGCCUAAAGGUCUGAGAGGAGCUCUGCAGGACCUCGGCAUCCAGUUCACUGGACGAGAACACUCAGGUCUGGUGGAUGCGAGGAACACGGCUCUGCUGGCGUGGCGGAUGCUUUUGGACGGCUGUGUGUUGCGUGUGACGAAGUCUCUGAAGACGGUGAAGUCCAGAGCUGCGUGUAGAAACACCGAGCGCUCCACCCGUCUGUCAGCCGUGAGUGAAGAGCAGACGAGUGUGUGUCAGGCGCUCGUGUCACCACAUACGGUUCUCUCCAUAGCGCCGUCACGUGUCAACGAAUCCAAACUAAACCUCCUGAACUCCACCAACAUCCUUCUGUGCACCACACUGGCUGCUCUCUCCGACACGACCUACGACCCUGAGACACCAGACGCCUGCUGGAAAGACGGAGUUCUGCUGACGGAGGAGGAGGAGGCUGGCUCAUAUGAUGAUGUCAUUCUGGGGGCGGAGCUUGAGGAUGCUGUCCCGUCGGUCUCAAUGAAUUCUGCUCCGCCUCUCAGAAGCAGAAACACGGAGCUCUGCAUCCGAUCACGCGUCACCGCACUACCCAACAAAACCACAUCAAACCAUCAUCCCUCCAGACCAGCGUCCUCUACUGAACUCUUCAAAACACUCAAACCCGUCCCACGCACAGACCCGUACGCCUCGGUCUCACACUUCUUUGGACUCAAAACGACCCCGUUCAGUGUUUAUAAAGACCCGUCCACCCGACCGCCCGUCAGAACAUCAGCUCAGUCCCGCGUGUCCCACCCUCCUCUUUCCUCCGCUGUCAAUCAUUCAGUCAGAAGAACGUCUCCUCUGUGCGGCUGCGGGCGGAGGGCCAGACGUCUGACGGUGGGUAACGGAGGGCCCAAUCACGGCCGUGUGUUUUACUGCUGUCCUGUGAGACGUCAGAGCUGUGACGACAGACGGAAGGGCUGCGACUUCUUCCAAUGGGAAUCCAGCACACACAACACCAGCAGUGUCAAAACUCUCCGCUGACAACCAACACACGCUUUUAUUCUAAUCGUGAACUGUGUUGAAAAAAACAGUCUUUUUAUGAGGGAAACAUGUGAUGUCAAUAAAAAUGUUAAAGCUUUUGCCCUGA